CACAGAGAGAGAGAAACACACGCACUCUCAGCUCACCAUGCAGACAUUUCUAUGCUUUAUUAACCCGUUUUCACACAUUUAACGGCUGGUUUUGAUGCUGCAGUGGAGCCUCUGUCAACACGCAGAGCUGCAGUGGAUGGACUGCAGUACCAGACCUCAGCGCCUCUGAGCUGCUCCACAUCGACUGCAGAAUCACAGACGGAGCUCUGUCCUGCUGACAGCCUGAAUAAAGCUGCAGUGCAUGCAGUCUGUGUUAUGAUGCUCACGCUGCAGUGCCUGCUGUUUGCUGUAGUGGCAGGCAGCAGCAGUGUGGAACACAUCACACAUCCCAAACGCCUACUGCAGCAGAAACACACCACUGAGGAGAAACUACACAACAGACUGGACACCAGAGCGAGAGAGAGCGGACGAGAGACACCUGUGCAUUUAGCCCAGAGCAGUUUCCAAGUCGAGGCUUUUGGAAGAAUUUUCAUCCUAGAUCUUCAACUAAACCAUGGUCUUUUAUCUUCUGAAUAUGUGGAGCGUCACUUUAAUGACAAUGGAAAACCAUCUCAGACCACGGGUGGAGAACACUGUUAUUAUCACGGUUCUCUGAGGAAAACUCCAGGAUCCUGGGCAGCACUUGCAACCUGUCAAGGCCUUUAUGGUGUGUUCUCAGAUGGUGUGUUCUCCUACAGCAUUGAGCCACUCAUCAAUGACACUGAACAGUUCAGUGACGCUCACCUGGUGAAGAAGAUUCCAGAUAUUAAACUGACAAGUUCCUGUUCAGAUUGUUCGCUGAAUGAAGACGACUCUGUGGAGGAGCUGCUGUCCAAACCUGAACAUUCAGAGGGACUAAAACGCACCAAACGACGAGUGUCCAGGCCAAGAGUUCACACUGAAACAAAAUAUAUUGAGCUGAUGGUCAUCAAUGACUUCGAAAUGUUUGUACAGUUGCGGCGCUCGACCACUCAGGUGAGGAACUUUGCCAAAGCAGUGGUGAACAUGGCGGACGCGAUCUACAAGGAACAGCUCAACACCCGCAUUGUGCUGGUUGCCAUGGAGACCUGGUCAUCAAGGAAUCCGGUUUCUGUGGUUUCCAACCCCCUGACGACACUGCAGAACUUUAUGCAAUACCGCAGGGAGAACCUACAGGAGAACGCUGAUUCAGUCCAGCUUCUAUCGGGCAGUACGUUUCAGAGCAGCCGGAGUGGAUCUGCAUACACUGGAGGAGUGUGUUCCAUCACACGAGGAGGAGGAAUCAAUGAGUAUGGCAGUGUGGGCUCCGUGGCUAUUUCUCUUUGCCAGAGUUUGGGACAAAACAUUGGCAUGAAGUGGAACAACAUUCGCAAUGCUGCAGCAGAUUGUCGGUGUCCUGACUCCUGGCUGGGGUGUAUAAUGGAGGACACAGGGUAUUAUCUCCCGCGGAAGUUCUCUCGCUGUAGUGUGGAUGAAUAUCUGCAGUUCCUGCUCCAGGGUGGAGGAAGCUGCCUCUUUAAUAAGCCCAACAAGCUGCUGGACCCUCCUGAGUGUGGGAAUGGUUUUGUGGAGCCCGGAGAGGAGUGUGACUGUGGCUCGCAGGUGGAGUGUGCACGCAGUGGAGGAUCCUGCUGUAAGAAAUGCACUCUUACCCAUGAUGCAAUGUGCAGUAAUGGCCUAUGCUGUCGAGAAUGCAGGUACGAACAGAGAGGGGUGAUGUGCCGGGACGCUGUGAAUGACUGUGAUAUCCCAGAAACCUGCACUGGAGAUUCCAGCCAGUGUCCACACAAUGUUCACAAGUUGGACGGCUACAUGUGUGACAACAAUCAGGGUCGCUGUUAUAACGGUCGCUGUCGAACCCUCGACAAUCAGUGCAGAGCACUGUGGGGCUACAGUGCAGCAGAUCGGUUCUGCUAUGAGAAGUUAAACGCUGAAGGAACAGAGAAAGGAAACUGUGGUCGCGCUGCAGGAGGACAGAGCUGGAUCCAGUGCAAUAAACCAGACGUUCUGUGUGGGUUUCUUUUCUGUUCCAAUGUGACAGAAAAGCCGAAGUUUGGGGACCUGCAGGGGGAACUGACCAGCCUGACCAUCUUCCACCAGAACAAAUAUCUGGACUGCCGUGGGGGUCAUGCUGUGUUAGAAGAUGGAUCUGAUCUGGGUUAUGUGGAGGAUGGAACUCCGUGUGGUCCCAGUAUGAUGUGUCUGGAGCGCCGCUGCCUCCCGCUCAGCUCCUUCAACAUCAGCACCUGCCCCGGAUCCAGCUCAGGACCGACCUGCUCCAACCACGGGACGUGCAGUAAUGAGGUGAAGUGUAUCUGUGAGCCGGAUUAUACGGGGAAGGACUGCAGUGUGUUUGAUCCGAUUCCUGACCCGACUCCUCCACCUGGACCCGACAAGAAAGGUCCCAGUGGUACCAAUAUAAUCAUAGGCUCCAUUGCGGGGGCUAUUCUUCUGGCAGCUAUAGUCCUGGGGGGCACAGGCUGGGGAUUUAAAAAUAUCCGGAGAGGAAGGUCUGGUGGUGGAUAGACUUCCAGUCAGUAUGCAUGUGUGUGUGUGUGUGUGUGUGUGUGUGUCCCCACAUCAAAGCUCGAGUCUUCCACUCUCAUCUCCUGAACCCGCUCUUCACUCCUGGCUCUGUCGGUCAGUCAGAUCUCCACCAGCAGGAGGACGUCCAGCACUACAUUCCAGCCAAUCACAUGCAGCAGCUCGACCACAAACAGUCAGAAGAUGGUGCUGCUCAACAAUGACUGACCAGAUAGAGAGAGAGAGAGAGAGAGAGAGAGUGUGUGUGUGUGUGUGUGUGUGGAUCAACACUGUUUACUAAAACUGAA